UCUCCGUUUGACUUUACCGUUUGUCAAAAUUUAUCAGAAAGACGUUUAUCAGAUAGGCUGGAUAGCUGAAGGUAUUUGAAAUGGUUUGAGAAGAGAUUACGAUUCCUGCAAAGAUGUUAGAUGCCAGCAAGUGGCCAAUUUUCAGUAUUCUUGAACAGGAAGAUUUAGAAAAAAUAAAGAAAAUUUGUGUGUUUGGGAGUUCAGGAAAUGAGGCAAUAUACAUUACAGAUGAUGAUGAAGUAUUUGCCAUUGGAUCUAACUGCAGUAGCUGCUUGGGAUUAGGUGACGCCCAUAGUAGCUUUGAGCCCAGAAAAGUGGAAGUUUUAUGCAAGAAAAAUAUUGUGGAUAUAGCCUUUGGGAGUGGCCCACAUGUCCUUGCAGUUUCCAAAAAUGGUGAAAUGUACAGCUGGGGUCACAAUGGGUACUGUCAGUUAGGAAAUGGGGGAUCAGGACAGGGGUUAAUCCCUACACCUAUAGGUACAAAUAUACAAGGAAAGAAGAUUUUAAGAGUGGCUUGUGGCAGCCAUCACUCUAUGGCUCUUUCACAAGAAGGAGAGAUAUUUGCUUGGGGACAGAAUAAUUGUGGACAAGUUGGCUCUGGAACAACAACAAAUCAACCAACCCCGAGAAAAGUUGUUGCAGUUAUAGGGUCCAAAAUGGCUUUGUCAAUAGCCUGUGGUCAGACUUCAUCUAUGGCUUUAUUAGAUAAUGGAGAGGUAUAUGGCUGGGGUUAUAAUGGUAAUGGUCAGCUAGGGCUUGGUAACAAUGUUAACCAACCAAAUCCAUGUCGUGUUCAACAACUGCAAGGUGUCAUCAUAUCCCAGCUGGUAUGUGGAUAUGCCCACACUCUGGCCCUGUCUGAUGAAGGAACUCUAUAUUCAUGGGGAGCUAACUCUUAUGGACAGCUGGGCACAGGAAACAAAGCCAAUCAGGUGUCACCAUCAAAAGUCAUCAUUAAUGGUGAAAGGAUGGUGGAAAUAGCUGCCAGUCACUAUGCUCAUAUCUCUGCCACCAUGACAGAGACAGGAAAGGUAUAUAUGUGGGGUCAAUGUCGCGGUCAAUCCCUGACCUCCCCAAUGCUGACCAAGUUUACCUGUACCGAUGAUGUGUUUUCUGCAUUCUCCUCACCAUUAGUAACAUGGAGGACAUAUAAUGUGGAUCACAUCAAAGGUUCCAGUAUUGUAGAGAGUCUGUCCAAAGCUUUUGAUGACCCGAUAACCUCUGAUGUCAAGUUUUCAGUUGAAGGACGAGAUAUUUAUGUCCACAAAUCUGUGCUUAAAAUCAGGUGUGAACAUUUUCGUUCCAUGUUCCAGUCAUGUUGGGACGAGGAUGGGAGAGAUUCCAUUGAAGUCAGUCAGUUUUCCUACACAGUUUACAAAGCAUUCCUACAGUAUCUCUAUACAGACCAAGUAAAUCUGAAACCAGAACAAGCCAUAGGGUUGUUAGACUUGGCUAAUGCCUACUGUGAGCCUCCACUGAAGCGGAUCUGUGAGCAAAUCAUUAAAAAGGGAAUAACAACAGACAAUGUGGCCAUGUUAUACGCAGCUGCUGUCAAAUUUGAAGCAAAGGAUCUUGAGGAGUUUUGUUUCCGCUUUGCUCUGAACCAUAUGACAGCAGUGACUCAAACACAAGCAUUUAGUCAGUUGGAUGAAUCUGUUUUAAAGGAAUUUAUACGCAAAGCAGCCAUGUCAGGGGCUUUCAAAUACUGACAACUGGAAUCUGUAGAACAGAAAUGCUGUUCUGCAGAAUGUGAAUCUUAAAUGAGGAACAAUACAAGCUAAAAUUAUUGAUGGUUUUGUAGUAACAAUGACAUAUUCAAUUCCAUUUUCCAGACUGGAAAGUUUCUGUUGUGAAUUAAAUAUUUUAUGGGUGAAAAAUUACCUCCCAAGAGUAGACGUAUUAUAAAUCUCGUUUUGAAUUUGAACAAAAUGAAUGAUAAGCACAUAUACAUAUACAGUGAAAUAUGAAGCUUAUACAUUUUACCAACUGGAGGUAUCUUGUGAUAUACAUCAUUCCUACUGAAAAGUUAGUUACUGUACUCCCUUUGCAACCAGGUUGCAAUGAAUGUAUUAAUUGGCCCAUGUGUACAUUAUUUUGCUUACAUGACAUAAUUUUGCUUGCAUGACAGUGUUAUGAACACUUUAUGCAGCACCCUGUUUGAUAUCUUAGUCUCCUACAACUCCAAGUGGAGCAAAGGGGGGGGGGGGUCAAAAUUCAAAAGAAUCAGAAUAUGCCAAUAGCUAUCGUAAAGAGUGACAUUUGAACAUCUUGUUGCUUUACUUAUUAUGUUCAUGUAUAUAAUGGUGAAAAAGUGAAAUCUCUUGGUUUUAAGGGUCAGUGGUGAUAGAUGUAAUAAUUUAUACAAGUAAAUACAUUUACCACUGACAGCUAUCACUUGCUAUGAAUGUAAAUUCUGAGAAAACCUAUUCAUGCAUUGUUUAUAUUGUAAAUUUCAAUUAGUUAUACAUGCAUGUUUGUCAAUAUUGCUGAAACCAUAUGCGUGUAUAUCAUGUCCAAAGAAAGGGGAAGAGAGUGAUUUUGGCAAAUAUAUAAGUACUAGAAAACCAAUGCAAAUUUAGAAAUUGGAUGUGAUCCCUCAGUAGUAAUGCACGAUGACUUUUUUUGGCUCCUAUAGGCAUGCAUUUAUUCUAAAGAGUACUUAAUAUAAUGACACUAAAUGGAUAAAGAUGCAUAGAAAUCACAUGCCAAUCAUUUGUAGAUAGUGGUUUUAAAUUAUUUGAGGUUUUAUGUCUUGUUGGCUGCAUGAAAAGGCUUUUUGGACUUGCUUAUAUUUUGAUUUCUUUUCACCAUUUUUCAAGAAAGCAGAACAUAAAGCUUGUUAUUUACUUUCCAAAUUAAUGAAGGACUGAAUCCAGUUUGUACAUUAAUGCCAUAUACUGAUGAAAUCACUAAUUUUCGUGGGGGGUUAAUUUCCCUUGUUUUUGAGGUAUGAAGAGACCUACAAAUUCAUGACUGCCACAAAAUAUGAAAUGUCAUUUACAUAACUACUCAACAAUUAUUCUUCAUCCACAAAAUUAAAUCCCCACAAACCCAUAGUUUUUCUUCAAACCAUGAAAAUUUUACCCCACGAAAAAUAAGAUUUUACAGUUCCAUUCUAAAAUAUUUGAUAUAUCAGAUAUUGUGCAUGAAAUAAUGUAAAUGUAUGUUAAUUCAGUUGUUGAUAUUUUAAGUUGUUUCAUGAAUAAAAAUUUUAAAUUACA